CAUGUAUAAAUUUAUACAUUCGCUGUUAUGUAGGCAGCAGUACUUGUUCUUUAUUUCAAACGAAGUGGCAAAUACAAAGUACUGGGCAGAGCUGCAUUUCAGUGAGAUAAUUAACAAGAAUAUGGACAAAUCAGCUACAGGUGUUACAGGGUCUGUUUUUAUACAGAAAAGUAGAGACAGGAGACAUGAGUUGCAUUUGGUCUGCAGGCCCUUCCUCGUCUGAGGUACAGAAGCGUUGCAACGGCCUAUCGCACUCACAACUACUUCCCCCUUGUGGCUUUGCCACGCAACUACAUCUUCAUUACUUAACUGAAAAGUGCAAUACCACCAUGAAAAAAUGCUUUUUACAUUAAUAAAUGUUUUACAAAAAAAAUUACAAUUGACCAUACACUUGUAGGUGUCACACAGGCAUCAACAGCUCAUUCUUAUCAGUAAUUUGGACCUGAAAUCCUCCAUAGCUUCAUUUGAAAGAGGAUAAUCCCUGGAAACUGAAGCUGUUGUUUUUUAAAAUGUCUUCACACAGAUUUUUAAAAGAACAAACUGCCCUGCUGUGACUGGUGGCUGCUCAUAGCUAUAAAGCUAUAGCUAUAACCAAAGCUACCAGACCAAACAGCAGUUGCCUGGGAACAAAUUACAACAAAUGCCUCAUUCACCCAACUCUUUGCAGUGACAUUUGGAUGUGUGGCAACGUUCUUAGGCUGAGGAAAGAGAGAGAGAGAGAGUCAAGUAUCUUCUGUUUUUCUCUUCCCUGCUGUUUUGAACUGGGAAGCUUGACUUUGUCUACAGUUACUGCUGCCUGGGUAACAUUAUCGCACAGACUGGCUCCACGGUCAACUCUGUCGUCACAGCGCAUUAGUGGAAAAGGUUAACUACAGACUCCAUCACUGUGUGUCCCGGCAGCAGCAUGGCCAAGGGAACAAAAGCCAAAAGAAAGACUAAAAGUAAGAAGAUCACCUUGAAAAUGGCCCAGAGCUGCAUGGAGCUGACAUUGGAUGGUAAACGCCGACUAGAUCUCAGUUUCAAGGGGAUUACAGCUGUUCCAAAGUGCGUCCAGAAGCUCUUUCACAUGGAUGAAGUGGACCUGAGCAGGAACACGAUCAGAAAAAUUCCAGAUUUUAUUGCUCAGUUCAUCAAAAUGACUGUUUUGGAUUUGCACAGCAAUUAUCUGGAGGAGCUCCCCGUGGCUAUCGGCUACCUGCAGAACCUUAAGGUUUUAAACCUGUGCAACAACCGUCUCACAAGCCUCCCAAGCGAGCUCGGCCUCCUGAAUAAACUCCAAACACUGAACCUGGGUCUCAACCAGCUGGAAGCUCUUCCUGCCUCCAUUGGUGCACUGGAGGAGCUCCGCCACAUUGGCCUUUCUGAUAACAGAUUCACCCGCCUCCCCGGCUGCCUCUUGAAGCUGAAAAAACUGGAGAGUAUCAAGAUGGACAGGAAUCCAAUUAUUGCUGAGAAGAUACCCACUGAGAAACCAGUCAGUAUUUCAGAGAGCUUUUACCUAGUCAAAGAAAGCUUCCUGUGCAAAGAGUGUCUGAAUAGGUGCCAAGCUGAGAGGAAGGAGCUGAGGGAGGAAUAAAUACCAUACUGUGUUCUUAA